AUGGCGGACCCCCGAGCAGGAAGUCCACCUUCUGAUCCGGAUUUCGACCUCUCCCGACUGGCAGCAGCCGUUGCUACCCAGCACCCAGAUCCGCGGACCUCGCCUCUGGACGACGCGCUGGAAGAGAAGAUGGCUCCUCUACACGACGAAACACCCAGCACACUCAACCGGAAUCAGUACCUCACCGCAGACGGCAAGGAGGAAGUCGAACUGCCCUCCAAAGAGCUCCAGGCAAAGCAUCUUCAUCGUGGCUCCUCCGCAUUCGGGCCCUUGAGCCCACGCGACAGAGACGCACUCACCCGCAUCGCUUCUCGGUCGCAAUCUUUCUACUCGAGACGCAGGAACAGCACCCCUACAGCCGAUGCAGACCCGGAAGCGUUGCAGCGGAUAGCCACUCUCGGGGGCCAUGAGCUGGGAGAUGAUGUCUUCGAUCCCCAGAGCCCGAAUUUCGACCUCAAGAAAUGGAUCCGAAUGACGUUGAAGUUGGCCGACGAUGAACAUAUCAAGAUCAAACGAGCUGGCGUGGUGUGGAGGAAUGUGAAUGUCAGCGGAAGCGGGUCCGCCCUGAACAUCCAGAGUAAUGUUGCAAGCAUGCUGAUGUCGCCGCUACGAAUCGGCGAAAUGUUCAACUCCGGCAAGAAGAAGCACAAGCAGAUCCUGCACUCCUUCGAUGGGCUGAUGAAGAGCGGCGAGCUGCUCAUCGUCCUUGGACGACCCGGCUCUGGCUGCAGCACGCUACUCAAGUCGCUCACGGGCCAGAUGCAUGGUCUCGCCCUGGACGAGCAAUCCACCAUCCACUACAAUGGCAUCCAGCAGAAGCAGAUGCUCAAGGAAUUCAAGGGCGAGGUCAUCUACAACCAGGAAGUCGAUAAGCAUUUCCCGCACUUGACGGUCGGUCAGACGCUGGAGCACGCAGCUGCGCUUCGGACACCACAACACCGACCUUUGCAGUGCACACGACAGCAGAUGAUCGAGCAUGUCACCCAAGUUGUGAUGACCCUCUACGGUCUGAGCCACACCUACAACACCAAGGUCGGCAAUGAUUUCGUGCGAGGAGUAUCUGGAGGAGAGCGAAAACGUGUCUCGAUUGCCGAGAUGGCGCUCGCCGGAUCUAUGUUGGCCGCUUGGGACAACUCAACUCGAGGAUUGGAUUCUGCCACAGCGCUGACGUUUGUGAGAUCGCUGCGAACGACUGCCGAUCUCGUCGGCUCCUCUCACGCAGUCGCAAUCUACCAGGCAAGUCAGGCAAUCUACGAUCUCUUCGACCGCGCCGUCGUUCUCUACGAGGGCAGGCAAAUCUUCUUUGGCAAAGCCAGCAAGGCCAAACGCUACUUCGAGCGCAUGGGCUGGUAUUGCCCUCCGCGACAGACGACGGGCGACUUUCUCACAUCCGUCACCAAUCCUUCCGAGCGACAGGCCAGAGAGGGCUUCGAGAACAAGGUGCCACGAACGCCCGAUGAUUUCGAGCAGUACUGGCGAAACAGCCCGGAGUACAAGGAGCUGCAGCGCGAGACUGCAGCUUACGAAGAGGAGUACCCCAUUGGCCACGAGGGCGAGCUUCAAGCCAUGCGCAGCUACAAACAAGGCCAGCAAGCCAAACAUGUUCGCCCCAAGUCGCCAUUCGUCGUGAGCAUACCGAUGCAGGUCAAGUUGAACACCAAGCGGGCUUUCCAGCGUAUGAAGGGCGACAUCGCUUCGACCGUAGCACCCAUUGCCUCCAACAUCGUCAUGGCCCUCAUCAUCGGAAGUGUGUUUUACGGAACACCAGAUGCCACUGCCGGUUUCCAAUCCAAAGGCGCCGUACUGUUCUUUGCCAUCCUCUUGUCCGCACUCAUCGCCAUUACCGAAAUCAACAGCCUGUACGACCAGCGACCGAUCGUGGAAAAGCACUUCUCGUACGCCUUCUAUCACCCUGCGACCGAAGCGAUUUCUGGCAUUGUCACCGAUAUUCCGAUCAAGUUCGCGACGCUGACGGUGUUCGAUAUUAUUCUGUACUUCCUGGCUGGACUCCGGCGAGAGCCAUCGCAGUUCUUCAUCUUCUUCUUGAUUACUUACACCGCGACUUUCGUCAUGUCGGCUGUAUUCAGGACGAUGGCUGCCGUGACCAAGACGAUCUCGCAGGCCAUGGCGCUUUCCGGUGUCCUGGUACUCGCCAUUGUCAUCUACACGGGAUUCGUCGUGCCGGUAGCCUACAUGAAGGAUUGGUUUGGUAAGUGCGCUUAACUCUUUCGCGGACGCCCUUCUCGCUAACCUCCUGCCAGGCUGGAUUCGCUGGAUCAAUCCGGUGUUCUACGCCUUCGAGAUUCUCAUCGCCAACGAGUUCCACGGACGCCAGUUCGCUUGCUCGCAAUUCAUUCCCACAUACAAUGGACUCACCGGGAUGCAAUUCGUCUGUUCAUCCAAAGGAGCCGUCGCAGGCCAGCGCACCGUCAGCGGAGACGAUUUCAUCGCGAUCAGCUACGGAUACUAUUACAGCCACGUCUGGCGCAAUUUCGGCAUCCUGCUGGCCUUCCUGUUCGGCUUCAUGCUCAUCUACUUUGUGGCCGUGGAAAUCAACUCCGAGACCAGUUCUACCGCCGAAGUGCUGGUAUUCCGCCGGGGUCAUGUGCCGCAGUACAUGCUUGACAAGGGAAAGGAGGGCGAUGUAGAAGCCGGAACUGCGGAGAAGGGUGCUGAAGUUGGCGACGAGGACGAUAAGGAGGACGUCAACGUGAUUCCUCCGCAGACGGACAUCUUUACCUGGCGCGAUGUGGAUUACGAUAUCCCUGUCAAAGAGGGUACGAGACGGUUGCUGGAUCACGUGAGCGGAUAUGUCAAGCCUGGAACUCUGACUGCUCUGAUGGGAACUUCGGGUGCCGGCAAGACGACGCUUCUUGAUGUGAGCCAUCAAUUCAAUGCUCCCGGGUGAACGUUUACUGAUUCGUGUACAGGUCCUUGCCCAGCGUACCACAAUGGGUGUCGUGACCGGCUCCAUGUUCGUCAACGGCGCUGCCCUCGAUGACAGCUUCCAGCGGAAGACCGGAUACGUGCAACAGCAAGAUCUGCAUCUCGAGACCGCCACCGUUCGUGAGUCGCUUCGAUUCUCUGCCAUGCUGAGACAGCCCAAGACUGUGAGCAAGAAGGAGAAGUACGACUAUGUGGAGGAUGUCAUCAAAAUGCUGAACAUGAAGGACUUUGCGGAGGCUGUCGUCGGUGUGCCUGUAAGUUGGAGGGAAGAUACGAGGCUCUCGAACGGAUGCUGAUAUUCUUGUAGGGUGAGGGUCUCAAUGUUGAACAGCGCAAGUUGCUCACCAUCGGCGUCGAGCUCGCCGCGAAACCGAAGUUGCUCCUCUUCCUCGACGAACCGACCUCCGGACUCGACUCUCAAUCCUCGUGGGCAAUCUGUGCAUUCCUUCGCAAACUCGCCGACAACGGGCAAGCCGUGCUCUGCACCAUCCAUCAACCCAGCGCCAUCCUCUUCCAGGAGUUCGACCGACUCCUCUUCCUCCGCAAGGGCGGCCACACGGUCUACUUUGGCGAAAUCGGGGAGCAGUCUCGGACGUUGCUGGACUACUUCGAGAAGAACGGUGCACGGAAGUGCGACAACGACGAGAAUCCAGCAGAGUACAUGCUCGAGGUCGUCGGCGACGAGCAAGCAGACUGGGUGGGGACGUGGAAGAACAGCGCACAGGCCAACGAAGUACAGCAGGAAAUCGACAACAUCCACAAGGAGAAGGGUGGCCAGCAGAGCGAGGAGGGGGAGGAUGCGACUGCGCACUCGGAGUUCGCCAUGCCCUUCACUCAACAGCUCAUCGAGGUGACAUACCGCGUCUUCCAGCAGUACUGGCGCAUGCCAUCGUACAUCAUGGCCAAGGUCCUCCUCAGCGCCGCGUCUGGCCUCUUCAUCGGCUUCUCCUUUUACAGCGCCGACGUCUCCCUGCAGGGAAUGCAGAACGUGCUCUACGCGCUCUUCAUGGUCACGACCAUCUUCUCCACCCUAGUGCAGCAGAUUAUGCCGCUCUUCGUCACACAGCGAUCGCUGUAUGAAGUCCGCGAACGCCCCAGCAAGGCGUACAGCUGGAAGGCCUUCCUCAUCGCCAACAUCAUCGUGGAGAUACCCUACCAGAUCGUCGCGGGGCUGAUCAUCUACGCGAGUUUCUACUACCCGGUCGUCGGCAUCCAAUCGUCGGAGCGGCAGGGCCUCAUCCUCCUCUUCUGCGUCGUCUUCCUCAUCUACGCCUCCACGUUCGCGCACAUGUGCAUCUCCGCGCUGCCCGACGCGCAGACGGCCGGCAGCAUCGUCACCCUCCUCUUCGCCAUGUCCCUCAUCUUCAACGGCGUCAUGCAACCCCCCGACGCCCUCCCCGGCUUCUGGAUCUUCAUGUACCGCGUCUCCCCCAUGACGUACUGGGUCGCCGGCAUGGCGGCCACCAUGCUGCACGGCCGCCAGGUGCAGUGCUCCACGGAGGAGGUGUCCAUGUUCAACCCCCCCGCCGGCCAGACGUGCCAGCAAUACAUGGCGCCCUACCUGCAGACGGCGCCCGGCUACCUCCUCAACCCGGACGCCACGACGCAGUGUGGCUACUGCUCCGUGCGCGUGGCGGAUACUUUCCUCGCGGGCGUGAAUAUCUUCUGGUCGGAGCGGUGGCGCAAUUUCGGCCUCAUGUGGGCCUAUGUCGUUUUCGACAUUGCCGUUGCCGUGUUGCUGUAUUACUUCUUCCGCGUGCGCAGUGGCAGUGGCAAGCCGAGCUGGAUUUCGAAGCUCACUUCUAAGAAAUCCAAGAAGAAGGACAAGAAGCAGGAUCCGCAGCAGCAGCAACAGACUCGUCCCGCCGAGCAGCCCGAGGAUGCGGCGGCGCAGACCAAGAAAGGUGAAGCCGAAGGCAGCGGCAGCAGCGGAGAAGAUGCUACUUCUGCUUCUGCUUCUUCCGACGACGAAGACCGCCCGAGGGAUUUACAGAGGAGGAGGAGGAAUGAUGAUGGGUCUUGGAUCCAGGGGACCGUGGAUCAGUAUCGGAAUUAUAAUCUCCGGAGGACGAGGACGAAUACGCGGAAUGCGGAGAUUUUUUGA